AUGGUAGAGCAAACUUAAUUAAUCUUGGGAUGCAAUAGAAUAAUAUGGUAAAGUAAUGAUCGAAAGGAAAAAAUAUAUGAAAUACGAUAAGUUAAAAAAGAUGCACAUUUUCUAAAAUUAUAUUGGACUAAAGGUCCAGGAUAUCGAACUUUGAAAAAGGGUAAAUGGUAUCGCUUUAAAAAUUAUAAAAUUGUAAACAAUAUUUUACAACCUAUUCCAAAUGUUUAUUUUGAAUAUAAUGAGAUCAAAAAACCUGAUAAAAAAGAAUUGAAGAUUGAAGAUAUGAGGGAACCUUAUUCAAACUUAUUGGGGAUAAUUUAAGAUGAAGGCGAUGUGGAUGAAUUCUCGAGAUAAUACCCUUUUAGAGUUAUCGAAAUUUUGUUGCUAGAUGGAAAUACUGUGCAAGUAUUAUUAAAAAAUAGAUUUGCCACAGAAAGAAAAGAAAAAUUUUAGACAGGUGAAAUAAUCUAUAUUUAUGGAUGUAGAAAGCAUAUACAUCCUCAAAACCAAGAAUUCUGGUAUUCAUCUUUGACAAAUAAUACUAAAAUUAAAUUUGAUCUUUAAACUAUUCGAUAACAUGUUAGCAAACAUAAUUUUGGAAGAAUUCUUAAGCUUAAGACAGGGUUUAAUGACUAAGAUGAAGCAACUGGACAAGUAUAAUGAGUUAUUCAUUUAAAU